AUGGAGAAGCAAGAAUUCACGGAUGAUGACGCCCAACUGGCGCAGAUGGGCCACAAGGCCGAGCUGAAGCGACAAUUCUCGUUGCUGUCAAUGCUGGGUCUGGCUUUUGCGAUUCUCAAUUCUUGGACGGCUCUGUCAACUAGUUUGUCCCUCAGUCUGCCCUCGGGAGGCAGUGUGAGCGUGGUCUGGGGUCUGAUCACGGCCGGUAUUUGCAAUCUGUGCAUGGCUGCGUCUUUGGCCGAGUUUCUUUCUGCGUAUCCUACUGCUGGAGGUCAAUAUCACUGGGUUGCUGUUUCUUGGGAGCGCUGGGUACCCAUCCUCUCCUGGAUCACCGGGUGGGUGAACUGCUCCGGAUGGGUGGCCCUGGUGGCCACCGGUGGUCUGCUGGGGAGUCAGCUUAUCCUCGGCGUGAUUUCCCUGAUGAACCCGGAGUACGACCCUCAACGCUGGCACCAGUUCUUGAUCUACAUUGCCUAUAAUAUUGUCGCAUUUUCGAUCAAUAGUUUGUUGAACAGAAUUUUGCCCCUGUUUAAUAAAGCAGCCUUCAUCUGGUCUCUGACUGGGUUCACCGUGAUUUGCAUCACCGUUCUCGCCUGUGCCUCGCCCAACUACAACUCGGGAGAUUUCGUCUUUCGCGAGUUUAUCAAUGAGACCGGUUGGCCCGAUGGCAUUGCCUGGCUCCUUGGACUGCUGCAAGGUGGUCUUGGUGUAACCGGAUUCGAUGGUGUGGCACACAUGAUUGAAGAAAUCCCCAAUCCUUCUGUCGAGGGCCCCAAGAUUAUGAUCGCUUGUGUCGGCAUCGGCACUGUGACCGGUACCAUUUUCCUGGUCGUUUUGCUCUUUGUGGCCGGCAACAUCAACGACAUUAUCGCAUCGUCGGCCGGGCCUCUCCUUGCUAUUCUCAAGAAUGCCACUCAGAACAAUGCUGGUGCCAUUUGCCUGUUGAUCUUCCCGCUUGUGUGUAUGCUCUUCGCAACCACCGCGAUCAUGACAACCAGCAGUCGCAUGUGCUACGCCUUUGCGCGCGAUGGCGGUCUGCCUUUUUCGCGCUUUUUCGCCCAAGUGCACCCCAAAUUGAAGGUCCCCCUGAACUCGCUCGUCCUCAACUUGGCCCUGGUCAUCAUUUUUGGCCUGAUCUUCUUGGGCUCCACGAGUGCCUUCAAUGCCAUCGUGUCCGCUUCCGUAGUCCUCCUGGAUCUGGCCUAUGGCAUUCCCAUUGCGAUCAAUUGCCUUCGUGGGCGCAACACCCUUCCUGAGCGGCCUUUUGUCCUUCCCAACUGGCUCGGCUGGAUCUUGAACAUUGUCUCGCUGGUUUAUAUCAUUCUCACCACCAUUCUCUUCCUCUUCCCACCUGAGCUCCCCGCCACAGGUAGCAACAUGAACUACUGUGUUGCCGCCUUUGGUAUCGUCUUUGUCAUCUCGACGAUUACAUGGAUCUUCGAUGGUCGGAAGAACUUUGUCGGGCCUCGCAUCGAAGUUGAAGGUCUUUCCGGCCAGGUUGGAGAACACUCGGACCACCCUCCUAUCCCUGUGGUGGAACGCAAGUCUUGA